AUGGGUGUCCUCCCUGUCGACGGGGUCUUACCAUUGAAUGGAUGGUGCGACACAGUGGGAGUACUGGCUAGGGAUCCGGGAAUGAUGAAAUGGGUCUUGGAGACUUGGUACAGUAAUUCCAAACUGAUCAAACCCCACAAAACUUCACCUAAAAUCGUUCAGAUCCCAAUAGACGAUUUCGAAAUGAUCCCUUCUAGCAUCCGAAAGUUGAUAAAUAACUUCAUUUCUUCCCUUCAAAAUGUAUUGGGAAUGAAAAUCGAAUGGAUCGAUAUUAAGAGGACUUUUGAGCGAGAUGGUGGAUUGAUGUCCAUUCCUGAAUUUGCAAAAGUAGGGGAAGAGUUACAAUACCAAAAAUGGUCUAAAACAUUUAUCGAUACCUAUAAAUCUCAAAAUCAAGGUAGAUUUCCACCUGUUGCAUAUCAUAUUCAAGAAGACUGGAAAUCAACCGAACAUUAUUCGUUUGGUGAAUUGGAAGCGAUGAGGGAGAAAUGGGAUAAUUCAGCUAGAAGAUUUAGGAAUUUGAUUGGAUCUGAUGAUCAGUCAGUCACAAGGACGAUUUUGCCCGAACCUACAAACAUCGAUCGAUUACCUCUCUAUAGAGAAAGUAAGAUGAACUCGCACAGAGAACCAUUAUCAACAAGGAAAAACCCCAUCAGCCCAACACAUCCUGCAUCAAUAGCUGGAUGUCCACACUACGUCGUUCCCAUCGGUCAAGUCCCUUUUAAAUCUUUGGUCUCGGAUCAAGAGGAGAUGCAACCACUGGGUAUGAGUAUCAUUGGAUAUCCAGGAAGCGACUUCGUAUUGCUAGAGAUCAUUGAUAAGCUCAACAAGGCGAGAGUACUUAGGACUGUCAAGACCGGUCGAACCGCUUUCUGA